AUGUCUUCAACUGACAAGGAUUAUCGAUUCAUGGCAACAAACGAUUUGAUGACCGAAUUGCAGAAUGAUUCAAUCAAACUGGACGACGAUUCCGAGCGAAAGGUUGUGCGAAUGCUUUUGAAACUUCUCGAAGACAAGAAUGGCGAAGUGCAAAAUUUGGCUGUCAAAUGCCUUGGACCACUGGUGCAUAAGGUCAAGGAACCUCAGGCAGAAUCAAUAGUGGAUACGUUAUGCAACAAUAUGAUCUCAGGCAGUGAACAGCUUCGUGACGUUUCAUCGAUUGCGUUAAAAACUGUCAUCAGUGAAUUACCUCCAUCGAACACGGCUCUCACAUCGAAUGUGGUCAAACGAGUCGUACCAAAACUUACAGAUGCACUCAAGGAGAGUGCACCAACAGAGGCAUCAGUUCGAUUGGAAGUACUCGAUAUUGUAGCAGAUGUUUUGCUUCGUUAUGGUGCGAAUAUUGCGAUCUAUCAUAAUCAGUUGCAAGAAGUUCUCUUCACGCAACUGACAUCCGAACGUCAAGCUCUACGCAAACGAUCCGUACUGGCGUUAGGCAAUCUGAUGGCUGUUUCGUCGGCACCUCUCUAUCAGUCCACAAUGCAAUCACUGAUUCAACAGUUGACUGCAGCAAAUGUAAAGUUUUGUGUUCGAUCCUCAAGGGAGAAAUUUUUGGGUUUCUUUUCUGCACAAAUGGAUAGAUGCCUUGUCAGUGUUAAUCUGACGUGA